UGACAAAUACAUCUAUUGUUUUAUUAUACAACAAUCGACUCGUGCGUAUGUUUUGUGACCAACAAUCUGGUCGGCGGUCACUUCGGUAAUUGUUUUCUCAUAAAGCUAUGACUAACUUAUUGGUGACCACUUCGGCUAAUUGUAUGGACAACUGGUUUGAUCUGUCCUAACAGUGUUAAUAAUAUCGACACACAGUGUGUAUGUGUUUGUGAAGUAUCGAUAGUAUCGGUAAUCGGAGUCAACACUAACGCCAUCGACAGCAAUGUCGGCGACAAUACUGUGAAACACACAACAAAUAUACGGGUCUUUUAUAUAUCUAUAGCGGUAGUGACCACCGAAAGUGGACACUAGGCUGACAUAUACUGUCUGUGUGUUUAUGUAUGCCAACAGUUUGUCUCAUCUGAUCCUCAGAUCGCUGUAAUCUUAACGGACAAUAGCUGUCAACCGUCAGUGACGACAUCGGCAACUGUCACCCGCGCGACACGUGUCAUACCAUUUUGCACGCACUCGGCUGUGUUGUGGACAUAUAAUUGCAUUUUGUUUAAUCUGGUGUUGACCUAUUGGUAAUGGCAGUGGUCCAGUGUGUGGUUGAUAUUUCGCCGAAAAUGGGUUUACCGCACGCAUCAAACGACUGGCCCACUAAUGGUGGCGAUGACAGCGGCGGUGGCGUCAGUGGUGGCGCCGGUAUUGUCUCUGUCAACAAUUUGAAUGCAUUGGCGGGAGUAGGUCUGGCCAAUCUCGGCAACACCUGUUACCAAAAUUGUGUGUUUCAGUGUCUGCUAAACGACAAACACUUUGUUUCACAGUUGUCGCCGAAAUCGACUUCAACGGACACUAAUCAUAAGGUUACAAAUGGUAUCACUGAUGACACUGACGAAGAUUCAAUCGCCAAUCAGUUCCUGCAUUUACUUCAGUCGUAUCGGUCGCAAACGUGUGGCGCUAUUCGUCCCGAAGGCAUACGCGACUCUAUGUUUAAAAGACAUGUGACUUUGGCCGACGGCCGACAACAUGACGCCCAAGAGUUUUUAGCACUACUGUUGGACGCUCUGAAUGAACAAUUAAAUUGUUAUAAUCAUUUGAUAGCAGACAUUCAGCCGCCGAUUAAAAAACAAAAAGUGUGCGACACUACAGACGGAGUGUCGCCACCCGUGUCGUCAUCAUUAACUAACUCUUCUUGUGUUGUGGACGUCUUUCAGGGCCAACUCUGUUCCCGUGUUGUUUGUGAUGUCUGUCACAAUACGAGUCAAACGUUUGAGGCCUUCAUGUAUUUGGCGCUUCCGUUACCCGUUGUCUUACAAAAGCAACUGGUGGUUACAUUUACACCACUGACUGGUCCAUCCACUCGACUGCUCAUUACUGUCGACAACAAAUACGAUUCGUGCGUACAAAUGAAGACCAAAGUCCGACAAAAACUUUUGCUCGACUCUAUUAGCGACGAUCAACUGGUAAUAGCCGAGGCCAGCGGUUAUCAUGUGACCAGAAUUAUCGACGAUUCGGAAGACGUUCUCACAUUCAAUGAAAGUCAAUCUGAGAUCCAUAUCUUUCAACUAAACGAGUCCAUCACUAAUAUGUCCGAUUGUAUCGAAACUGAUACUUGUGUUAUCUGUUUAGAAGAUAAGCCCAUUCGUUGUUUGCUAAGACACCCGGGAUAUUGUGCUGCACUUAUAUGCGAGUCAUGUCUUGAACAUACAAUUAAAUACUAUACCGAAGAUUGUCCCCAAAAAGUAUUUUCCUGUUUCUCCUGUCAUAUGGAUGUCAGCAAAAAUCAGUUCACCGAAUGCCAGCCAAUGGUUGAGAGAUGUUUUUGUAUACCUCUAAUAUUUCGCUCCGAUUCUCAACUUGUGUUUGGUAUCCGACUCUUGAGAGUCACCCAACAAAUGGAUGCAAACGCAUUGUACUCAUUGGUCGACUCUCGAGUAUUUAAUCCGGAAUACACGUAUCGACUAUUAUUUACCGAACGUAACGGAAUCGGUUGUUGUCGAUGUGCGUGGGGUUCAGAUUGUGAGGGUUGUGAAGUGAGUCGCGACGGUUUCAUAUACUUGUCUGAAGCCGACACCCUAUGUGUAUGUUUGGAGCCAAUGAUACCAUUAGUACCAUCGAUGGAGAUCACAAAAGAUGAGUCGCUUAAAGAGCUGAUUGUCGAAGAGUCAAAGAAACUGAAUCUCGAAGACUGUUUGAAGGCAUUUAUUGCCAACGAAUGUCUCAACGAUUUAGAUGAUAAUCUAUGGUUUUGUAAUAAGUGUGAAACACUGAGACCGGCCACCAAAUCGUUACACAUCAUGUCUUCCCCGAAGACACUAAUUGUUUAUUUGAAACGUUUCUUGUUUGUUGCUAAUACCUGUCACAAACUGUCCGAAAAUGUCGACUUUCCCAUCGAUAAAGUUUUGGAUAUGAGUGAACUGGUAUUAAACAAUAAAAAGCCUUUACUUUACCGGCUUUCGGCAAUUGUUUGUCAUACGGGUACCGCACAGACUGGCCAUUACACGGCUUACGUUCGCGACGAGACCAACGAUCGAUGGCUACACUAUAACGACGAUUUGGUCACUUGUGAAGAACCAGUCGAUAGUGACUAUAGGGCUUACAUAUUAUUUUACAAUCGUAUUGAAGAGGAACAGUCACUUGUUAUUAAUGACAAUAACAAGAAAUAGUAUUUAAAACAAUACGACAAAACCAAAAACAGUUAUCAAUUUAAUAUUACACUACCUUUCCUUCCCAUCCAAUCGCUUCUCAAUCACUCAUUAAUCAAAUGUCACAAUUACUGUACUAUUAUUAAACAAACAAAAAACAAGUUUUAUUUUUUUCAAUUUUGAUUUUUUAUAUGAUGUAUAUUGUAUUUGUAUAAUACAGUAGUACUUUGUUUUUUGUUUC